AGCCAGACUUGGUUACUGCAGCGCCCCGAGCUCUAUGCUCUGAGUUGAAGAUCGCUUUCUGCAAUAAAGACUUCUGCUCGAGGAAAUCCAAGUCUCCUGGUCUUCGCUAAAAAGAAAAAAACUGGGAUAGUGAAGCUGACCUACUUUACCUUUUUCAGCAUCAUUCGUCUGCACAGUCAACAUGCAACAAGGAAGGAUGAGCUUCAUUUUCUUGUUGGUGCUACUUUGUCAGUGUGGUGUCAAAGCCGUGGACCUCACCACCUGUGAAGGAGCCACUGCUCAACUCAGCUGUGGUUUAACAUCACAUGUAUUCGCCUGCGAAUCAGACACUGCCAGUAUCCAUUGUGACCAGGGGCGCAUUAAAGUGCUUUCAGCCAAUUAUGGACGUACAAACAGUGCAACCUGCUCCAGUGGAAAACCAGCUGACCAGAUCUCAAAUGUUCAAUGCACUCAGAGUUCAUCCCUAAGUGUGCUGGCCAGUCGAUGUGAUGAAAAACAGAAUUGUUCCAUUUCUGUGAAUAACACAGUUUUUGGCGAGCCAUGUGUAGGAACUUACAAAUAUCUGGAUUUGUCCUAUGUCUGUAUACCACCAAGUGAAGUAAUACAGACAGAGAAUUCUUGUGAGGGAGGCACAUUCGGUAUCAACUGUUACAAACAGUUUAUUAAAGUGCUUUCAGCCAAUUAUGGACGUACAAACAAUGAAACCUGCUCUACUGGAAGACCAGCUGACCAGAUCUCAAAUGUUCAGUGCUCUCAGAGUUCAUCCCUAAGUCUGCUGGCCAAUCAAUGUAAUGGAAAACAGGCUUGUUCCGUUUCUACAAGUAACACAGUUUUUAGUGAACCCUGUGUAGGAACCUACAAAUACUUGAAUGUGUCCUACAUUUGUCAGCCAAACAAUCACUUUAUAAAAGUUUCUGCAGCCAAUUAUGGACGUACAAACAAUGAAACCUGCUCUACUGGACGACCAGCUGGUCAGAUCUCAAAUGUUCAAUGCUUUCAGAAUUCAUCUCUAAGUGUGCUGGCCGCUCAAUGUGAUGGAAAACAGGAUUGUUCCAUUCCUGCAACCAACACAGUUUUCGGAGAUCCAUGUGUUGGAACCUACAAAUACCUGGAUUUGUCCUACACCUGUGGCCCAGCCUUUUUGACCAAGAAGUGAAAACAUCGACACAUCAGAAAUCAUCUCUUUCUGUGACCCGAGGUGGAAAUCUUCUGGUUCAUUUAUUCGUUUGCUUUCUUUUUAAGAUUUAAUAAUAAGAUUUAAUAUUGAGUGAUUUCUAGACUGAGCAUACAUUGUUUCAUAGACUGGCAUUGCGUAAUAUCUGAAAUCAGUGGAUGUUUGUCAAAGUUGUCUUUAAUAACAUAUAUUCUUUUGAUUCAUCCUGAAAUAUGUGUAAGUUUUAUUCUGUCCUAACUGUGUCUGUUCAAUAAAUUUCUUUCA